GAAGAUACGUAUACCUUGUUAAACAGAAACAGUAGUCAAAACUAAAUAACGUGCAAGGAUAUAUAACUUAUUACGUCAGCUAUCAAAUAAUAUCAUCUUCAUCGUAUAUACCUAUAUAAAUUAGUAGCUAACAGUGAUGUUCCCUCAUAGUUUUCCUUCAUAGUUGAUCAGUUAAGCUAAGUAAUUGAUCAGUUAAGCUAAUUCUAAUCUUUCAGAUAUUAAUUUUUAUUUGCGAUACCAUUCAUUUCACAGUUCUUAUUUGUAGUAAUUCCUCUUCAAAAUUGUUACUACCAAUAAUUGCACUUUUUUCGUUUUACAUCAUCAUACAAAUGGUAUUCAAGUCCUUAAAGUCAAAGGAAAAUUAUUGAACAAUUUGUGAACCAAAUCAAAUAUAUAUCCGGAAGGAGAUAAUUUUAUCGUUAUGUCGUAACUUAAUGUAAAGGAAAUUUCCGUUUUUCCAGAGUACACAACAUCCAGGGAAAAUUCGAAUCUAUUAAGAUGUCAUACUUGAUUUAUGAUGAAGUGAAAGUAUUUGAAGAUACGGACGAAACUACAGACAUAAUCAAAAAUUUUAUUAAAACAGAGCAUGAAUCAACGGAAGAACCGUUCUGUGUUCUUGAUGUUGCUGACGUGAUGCAGAAACAUCAAAAUUGGAUCGCGAAGAUGCCAAGAAUUGUUCCAUACUAUGCCGUCAAGUGCAAUGCCGAUCCGUUUCUCCUAAAGAUUUUAGCAGUUCUGAAUGUCAAUUUCGAUUGUGCAUCCCAACAAGAAAUACGAAUGGUAAUGAAACUAGGAGUGUCUCCAAAUAGGAUAAUCUUUGCGAAUCCGGCUAAAUGGACCACCCAUAUUAAAUUUGCCAAAAUGAUGAAUGUAGAAAAAAUGACCGCCGACAGCGAGAUGGAAAUCAUUAAGAUAAAGGACAUUUUUCCGGAAGCGAAAGUAAUCAUUCGUAUUCGAUGUGACGCUAAAAAUGUUCUGGUAUCACUUGGAACAAAAUUCGGUUGCGAUCCGGACGAAGAAGCAGUUCGAUUGAUACAUUUGACAAAAAGUUUUGGUUUAAAAUUAUGGGGCUUUAGUUUCCAUGUCGGCAGUCUAUGUUCUGAAUCAGACGCUUACGUUAAAGGGAUCAGAACGUGUAAGAAACUAAUCUCGAUUGCUAAAGAAAUUGGAUGUAAAGACGUUCGAUUGAUCGAUAUCGGCGGUGGAUUUCCUGGUAACAAAGGAUACUCUAUCGACGAGGUUGCAAGAUGUAUUAACAACGAGAUCGAGGACAUCGACCCGAGUAUCUCGAUCAUCAGCGAGCCGGGACAAUAUUAUGCAACAUCGGCAUAUGCUUUGGUGUCACUCGUGCACACAAAGAAGGUUGUUCGUCAGGCGGAUGGAAUGGUUAGAAUGUAUUAUAUGAAUUGUGGAGUGUACAACGGUUUUAUAGAGGAAAUGUUGAACUUAAAAGAGAGACUACCGAUACCGGUGCAUAAGCUCGCGAACGAUGCGAAAUUCCUUUCAUACGUUUGGGGUCCUACCUUAGACUCUAUGGAUUGUAUCUUGAAAAAUGUAAUGCUGCCAGAAUUUCACCAAGGUGAUUGGCUAGCCUGGAUGGAUAUUGGAUCCUAUAGCAUAUGUCUCAGUACUUCAUUCAAUGGUUUUGCACCGCCUAAAGUACAUCCGUAUGCCAGAAAAAGCCAAUGGAAAAAGUUUAUUGAUUACACAAAGAGAAUGCAAAAAUCGCAGGAAUAACGGAGUGGAAAAUAGACUAAUAAAGACCAGUCAAUAACGAUAUGGCUAGAUAUUAUUUCGAACUUAAAUUUGCUUAUAAAAUUAUUUAUUGAAUUACAAUACUUAUAUGAUAUAUUUGUUUUGUUAUAAAUAUCGUAAUAUAUUACAUUCUUCAGUUUUAAAUGUAUGAAAAAAAAGUAUUUUGUUGGAAUCAUAACGUACUAUCUUAAUUAUGUACAUUAAUUAAUGUGACUAAUGUAUG